UUUAAUUCCUCAACCAAACCAAGCCGAACAAACCCCUCCUUUCUGCUUCCCUCAACACCAAUCAUGGCUGUCAAGGUUUUUGCCUCUCUGUUCAUCUUCAUGACAAUCUCUAGCCAUGUGGCAUCGGACCCUGAUCCGCUUCAAGAUAUCUGUGUUGCCGACAAAUCUUCAGGAAUAAAGGUAAAUGGAUUUGUUUGCAAGGACGAGGCCAAGGUUACGGCGGCGGAUUUCUUCUUCAACGGGCUGGCUAAGGCGGCGGUAGUCAACAAUUCAGUGGGAUCCGUCGUGACAGCCGCCAACGUCGAGAAAAUUCCGGGUCUUAACACUCUGGGCGUGUCUCUGUCUCGCAUUGACUAUGAGGCCGGUGGCCUUAAUCCACCCCACACGCACCCACGCGCCACCGAGAUGAUUUUCGUGCUGAGUGGAGAACUGGAUGUGGGGUUCAUCACCACCGCGAACAAGCUGAUCUCAAAGAGCAUCAAGAAGGGGGAUAUCUUCGUGUUCCCCAAGGGUCUAGUCCACUUCCAGAAGAACAAUGGCAACGAGCCCGCCUCCGUGAUUUCAGCGUUCAAUAGCCAGUUGCCUGGAACUCAAUCUAUCGCCGUGACCCUGUUCUCUGCAUCCCCGGCAGUGCCGGAUAAUGUCCUGACCAAGGCGUUCCAGAUUGACACCAAGGAAGUCGAGAAAAUUAAAUCCAGGUUUGCGCCGAAGAGCUAGAACCAGAAGAAUUAUUAGAUGGCCAAAUUUGUCCUCCUCUUCUUUUUUCUUUUUUUUUUUUUAAUUUAAUAAAAAAAUUCCCAAACU